CGUGCCGGAGCUCAGUCCCGGCCAGAUCUCCUAUUUUGACGAUCAUUUAGAAGGGAAAAAUACUGUAACGACGGCCGCGUUACGACUGUGUAACGAUCUGUUAAUGUUCGACGUUUCAACCGCGAAUGGUGACACCACUAAGAGAAGCAAAACAUAGACAACACGCCGUUGUAAAUCGUAGUCUGGAUAAGCGGCUCGUCGACAGUGCGGCACCCCGAUUGGCCCAGACGCCCACGUGAUGACCGCGGCUCGCGUUUCGAUUGGCCAGAGAUCCACGUUCGACGAAUCGUGAGGCGGUAAACGAGCGCGCUCGCCUAUCCGUUGUGCGGAAUGUAACGGCGCGUGGACGCGAGUUUUUAUCGGCCUUUAGUGAAUGAAGAUUGGUUGAUCCACUGCUGGAUGAAGGCUUUCCCCCUAACCUACGCGGACCGUGUAGGAUACGUGACCAUACUUCACCACGCUGCACAAUGUUGGAGGAAGACAAGCCCCCAGACCAACAGGACCCUCACAGAAGCAUGGAUAACCUGACCUCCCAUCAUAUGCAGCAAUCUGAAGACACACAGAGCAGCAGCAGCAGCAGAGACACCCCUCUGAGCCCCCAUCAGCAUUUAUCAGAGACGUCCUCUGACACACAACCUCAGGACCAGUCAGAAGCCUCCCCAGACCACACAAGCGCACGGUUAGAUACCCCGCUCACAGACGCCAAGGACGAUGGUCCCUCGGUCUCUGACUCCGCUGGCCAGCCCGUAUCCAAAAGCGAUCCACCGCCGCUCAUUGUCGGUGUACCACGCGACUCUCUGGAGGCCCUAGACAUUCUGGGCGUGGACGUGACACGCAUGCUGCAGCGGGUGGCGGCGAGCGGAGCACCGGUCAAGAGCCAGCAGCGCGGGGAUCCGGACCUCUCGGCAGAGGACAAGGUGACGCUCCUGCGCGAGCUGUGGGCCGAUCAGCCCGCGCGCUUCCUUGAGCGCUACCACGAGGCGCUGAGCGUGCGCGACCUCAGCUGCUUCGAGCAUGUGACGGAGGAAGAUGCCUACCUGGUGAACUUCUACCUGGAGGCCGUUCGCAAGAGGACUGAGCAGAGGGCCGGCACUGCUAUUAGGAAUAAGCGGUUCGCGGCACUGCGCGAGCUCGUGAACGCGGGUGAGUACUUCAGCGAGGAGUGCAUGCGCGCGCGCGACCCCCUGCUCUACGAGCAGUGCAUUGGCCGCUUCCUGUCUGAGGAGGAAGUGCUGGCACGCCGCAGCAUCGCGACCGGCACCCCGGAGUCUCUUGCCGACGUCCUCAUCGACGUCCACCAGGAAGUGGAGCUCCGGCGCAGACUUCAGCAGCAGCAGGAUGCGGAGGAUGACAUGGAGGAGGAGGAAGAGGAUAGUGACGAUGAAAACGACAUGGACCAGAGAGAAGCCAGGCCGAAUCAAGGGUUGCCGCACUGGGGCUCGUGUGGACGGUCCCCCACUAGGGAGGAGGGCGCCGUGUCGUUGGAGGAGCGAGCCCUGCUCAAGGAGGAGUUUGUGAGCCGCAUGUACCGCCGCUUCCUAGACGGGCAUGACCAAGACUUUGAUUACAGCUCUGUGGAUGACAAUGCAGACUACGACAACUUGGAUAUUGUGGAGCAGGACGAGGAGGACCGCUACUUUGACGAAGACUGACAAGGCGCAGAGGACCGCCUGGCUCGAAGACCGCGUGACGUGCACACACGGUGCUGCAUGAGCUCGGGGUGGCGGCUCCGAUCCACGCACGCAGAGUUCCUGUGACGCCUCCAGCAGGCGAGGGCGCCCUGCGUCCUCACGGCACGGGGAAGUUCCGCCACCGUCGCC